UAAUUUAUAAUUUCAAUUACAUGAUAAAAGUUAUAAUGAUUAUUAAUGAUAAAUAACUAUUAUAUUGAUUUUAUAUAAUAUAUAAUUAUUUUUAGUUUGUUUGUUGAAUUUUAGUUGAUUUAUAACAAUAAAAAUAUUCUAUUAUAUGUGAAUGUAAAAAGACAAAUUGUCUUCUUUUCUUUUCUUCUUAAUCUGCAUUUAAUAAAUAAAAAAUACAAUGUCUUAUAUGUUGUCACAUCUUCAUAAUGGAUGGCAAGUAGAUCAGGCGAUUUUAUCAGAAGAAGAUAGAGUAGUUGUUAUCAGAUUUGGUCAUGAUUGGGAUCCAAUGUGUAUGAAAAUGGAUGAAGUACUUUAUAAUAUUGCUGAAAAAGUAAAAAAUUUUGCUGUCAUCUAUUUGGUUGAUAUUACACAAGUACCUGAUUUUAAUAAAAUGUAUGAAUUAUAUGAUCCUUGUACAGUAAUGUUUUUCUUUCGAAAUAAACAUAUAAUGAUUGAUUUAGGAACUGGAAAUAAUAAUAAAAUAAAUUGGACAUUAGAAGAUAAACAAGAAAUGAUUGAUAUUAUUGAAACAGUUUAUAGAGGUGCUAGAAAAGGUAGAGGUUUAGUUGUUUCACCCAAAGAUUAUUCUACAAAAUACCGCUAUUAAUUAUAUAUUAAUAAGUCUUAACAAAAAUAUUAUUAUUAUUAAGCUUGAAGUUAUAUCAAUAAAUAAGAAUAUAUUAUAAUUAAAAACAAAUAUAAAAUUAUGUAUUAUGGUAUA